GCGACAGCAUAUGCUUCUUUCACCAUUAUAUCUCUGAAAAUUGAACAUUUGUUUUCUAUUUGUGCUCAUCCACAACGUGACAACAUGUCCAAGCUCACUGUAACUGCAGGGCUCUGUUUGAUCAUCGCCAGCUUGGCUACAACCGGUUUAGCAGAUACUCCUGUACCAUUCUGUAAUGGAAAGGACCCUGGGUUCUACGCCAACGCUGCUGAUCCACAUUGUUUUUACAACUGUUAUGGUGCAACAACCUUCCUCGAACACUGCUCAGCAGGUUUGGUCUUCAACCAAGUGAUCAACAACUGUGACUAUCCCCAGAAUACUGGAACAUUCUGUGUUGGAAAGGAUGAUGGGCAAUACUCCAACACUGCUGAUCCACAUUCUUUUUACAACUGUGGUGGUAAAAGAACCUUCCUCCAAUACUGCCCACCAGGUUUGAUCUUUAACGAAGAGGACAACUGCUGUGGUUAUCCCAAGUCAUCCACUCCGACAAAUACUGGAACAUUCUGUGUUAGAAAGACUGAUGGGCGCUACGUCAACCUUAAUGACCCAACCAGUUUUUACGAAUGUUUGAAUCAGAUAACAUACAACAAUAUAUGUACAACAGGGUUGGUCUUCAAGCAAACCUGUGGCCCUCCCAAGUUACCUUCUACAAACUCAUGUACUGCCAAUAAUGGACACUUUGCUAACGCUAAUGACCCAACAACAUUUUUCAACUGUGGGAAUGGGAAGUGCACUAUCCAAAAAUGCUCAGCAGGUUUGAUCUUUAAACAAAGCUGCACGUGCUGUGACCAUCCCUAGUCAUCCACUCCGACAGAUACUGUAAACCUCUGUGAUGGAAAGAAAUAUGGGUACUACAUCCAGCUUGAUGACUCAUAUUUUUCACAUUUGGCUUACAGGUAGAAAAAUUGCUUUAUAAUGGUACUGCUGGGUUUUAUAGGCCUGACUUAUAUACACUUAUUUCAAUACAUUUUCAAACACAAUUCAUGUAUCAAAUGUUCGGCACUAAUAUUUUCAGAUUGAUUUCCAUCAGCUCCCUGUGCCUGCGUACAUGUUAAAGUGGAAAUGUCCAACCAUCCAUAUCUAUCAAUAUACAUUUAAUCUGACAGGCUUUACUUAUUUUAUUAGUUAUUGUUGGUGUUUCUAAUUCUGUUGCAUCGGUGUGCUCUUGUUCGUUUAUAUUUUAUGUUUAAUAAAAUCACGCAUCAA